CCAGUCGUCCUUCCUCAGCCUCUUGUUUUCUUCACGCUCCUGUCCACAUACCUCAGCUCUUCGUUAUCUGUACCGCUUGUCUCUCUUUCGAAUCAAUACACUGCGGCCUCUUGGUUGAGACUCAGCCAACCUUAUCAUAACAAAGGCUAAAACCAUCUGACAAUCUUGUUUCACGCCACAACUCCCUCCUGAAACCGAGAAGGACGCGACAAUGGAUAUACAAGACCUCGAGCCCAAAAUCCGUGCCAUCCUCACCGCACCGGGCACUGACCUGAGCACCAUCAGUGCCAAACGCGUCCGCAAACAGCUCCUCGAGGACGGCACCGCGCCGUCCGCGUUCAUCCGCGAGCGCAAACACGAGGUCGACGAAUUCAUCGGCGACGUCUUUCGCCGAGUCUCCGAAGAAGUCGGUGAAGCUGGCGGCGGCGAUGAAGACGAGGUAGACGACGAUGUAGGUGACAAACGCAAGCGGGACGAGGAGUAUGAGGAAGGAGGACUGGACGGUCAGGAGGAGGAAGAGGAGGUAGAGAGGCCGAAGAAGAAGACGAAGGCGAGUAAGGCUGAGAUUGACGAUGAGGAGUACGCGAGGCAGCUUUCGAAUGAGUUGAAUGGACGAGGGCGAGCAUCGCGUUCCGGCGCGUCUUCCGGUUCUACGCGUGGGCGAGGACGAGGACGUGGUGGGGCGAAUGGCGCGAAGCGUGGUCGCAAGGUCAAGAGUGCGGAGACUGUCAACUCUGGCGAUGAAGGCGAGAAUGGGGAGCCAAAGAAGAAGAGAGGUGGAGGAUUUAAGAAGGAGUAUCUCCUUAGUGGGCCAUUGCAAGCGGUCCUGCAAGUUGACAAGAUGGCAAGGCCGCAAGUCGUCAAACAACUCUGGGUUUACAUCAAGGCGAACGACAUGCAAAACCCCGCAAACAAAAAGGAAAUCGUGUGUGACGAAAAGUUCCGUGCGAUGUUCAACGUCGACAAGAUUGACAUGUUCAAGAUGAACAAGGUUCUCAGCGAGCACCUCCACGAGCCCGAGCCUUAGGCAGAGCCAUGUACUUCCCCUGGACUCAGUCUGUGGCGUCUAUUCGCAAACCCAAACCAACAUCCCCUGUGUCACAUCCCUCAUCUCUUCUCAUGCAUCUCCUCAAACCAUCAAAAUCAUCAUUUUCUUGUUCAUCGGUGGCUCGGCAUGGUUCCACCCUUUCAAGCUCUGUUCUCGGUUCAGCGUUCGUCCCUGGCUGCAAUUUCCUCUUUUUGUUCAAUAUCGUCUAUAUCGUUCCCCGUCUGUCUAUAUCUUCAAUGUGUUUCUAAUGAUGCAGAAUAACUGCGCGUAUUUAAAUACAGCGAUUAUCAUCCUUUCCCCUCCCCUAUCCCUAUCCUUCCCGGUCGUUACCGCAUUAUUUUCCCCUUGUUGAGUCUGUACAAGCAUUUCAAUAUCAUCGUUUUGGGUCUCG